AUGGAGAACGACAAGGGAGAGAUCGUCGAUCUCUACGUGCCCCGCAAGUGCAGCGCCACCAACCGCAUCAUCAAGGCCAACGACCACGCCUCUGUCCAGCUCUCCGUCGGCAAGGUUGACGAGAACGGCCGCUACACCGGCGAGAACCAGACCUACGCUCUUUGCGGUUUCAUCCGUGCCCGUGGCGAGAGCGAUGACUCCUUCAACCGCCUCGCCCAGCGUGACGGCUACCUCAAGAACGUCUGGACUGCCGCCAGCCAGCGCUAA